AUGGGCGGCCAGCUUCCUACCAGCGGCGACAGGGCGGCGGCGGCGGCGGCGGCACGCAUCCACACUCUCGUCGACUGGGCCACGUCGCACGGCGCUACCCUCCACCCGUCCGUCGACGUCUACCACGACGCCCGCACCGGCCUCUCGUUCCGUGCCCUCGCACCGCUGCGGCCCUACGAGCCCGUCGUCCGCCUGCCGACGGCCCUCGCCCUCUCCUACCUCAAUGCCCUCGCCCAUCCCCGGCCCCUGCCCGCGGCCUUCCUGGCUGCCGCGCCGCCUCACGUCGUCGGCCGCGUCUUUCUCGUCAACGAGUACCUCCGUCGCCGGGAUUCCUUUUGGUGGCCCUACAUCCAGGCGCUGCCUCAGCCGCCGGAGCCCGAGACGUGGGCAUUGGCCCCCUUCUGGCCCCCCGAGGAGGCCGAGCUGCUCGAGGGCACCAAUGUCGAGGUCGGCAUGGACAAGAUCAAGGACGACGUCGCGCGCGAGUUCACCCAGGCCCGCCGUCUCCUCGGCGCCUGCGACGGCCCCGGCCACGCCCUGGCCGAGUCUCUGACCCCGGCGCUGUACCGCUGGGCCUACUGCAUCUUCUCCACCCGCAGCUUCCGCCCUGCCCUCGUCCUGGCCGAGACGCAGCAGGCGAGCCUCCCGCCCGGCGUCUCCAUCGACGACUUCUCCGUGCUGCUGCCCCUCUUCGACAUUGGCAACCAUGACAUGACGACGGACAUCAGGUGGCAUCUCGACGAGGCCGCCUCGAGUUGCGAGCUCCAGGUCGGCAAGCCCCACGGCCCGGGCCAGCAAAUCUUCAACAACUACAGCUUGAAGACAAACGCCGAGCUGCUCCUCGGCUACGGCUUCAUGAUCCCCGCCACCGACCACCUGCACAACGACUACACCCACGUCCGCAAGCGCACCGCCGCCGCCCCCGUCGCUUCUGACGAGUACCUCAUCUCGCUGCGGCCCCUCUCCCACCCAAGCUCUCUGCUCGGUCGCUCAAAGCAGACGCUGCGCCUUGAUCCUUCCACAAGGGUCCUGGGCGCCUUUCAGCAUGUGCAGCCCGACAUGGUCUGGGACAUCUUCUGCACCCUCACGCGCCCCGGCCAGCGCCACCACCUCAUCCCGGCUCCGGGCAAAGCGGGAGACGAUGCCGAGCGCCACCGGCGAGACAGCUUCUUCUCUGGCCAAGUGGAAGGAGAGGGUCGCGUGUAUCUGGAACAGACCAUUGCCCUGAUUCAACACAAGGUCUUGCAAGAGCUGGAGCGACUCAACGAAACAGACGUCGAGGUGGCCGGGGGCCAUGUCGACCUCCUCACGCGCAACCAGAAACUGGCGCUGGACUAUCGUGAAAGAUGCAGGCGGGUCCUGGAGAGUACGCUCGAAGCGAUAAGCCAGGAUGAAAUUCUCAUCGACUCGGGCGAGGACCAAUGA